CGAGGGAGGCGCACCGACGCCAGCCCAGCCACUGACAUCACCGCGCCACCGUGAACUCGUCAACUGCGGAAACCGGUCUGGGGAACGUCCCCGGGUGCACAAGUAAACAAGUGAGGUCAUCGCGUCUAGGUCGUGAGCGCAAGCGCGAACGCUGCCCGGGACCAGACGCGAGGGGUCACGCGGGAGUUCCCGCGGCGGGGGAGAGGGCGAAGUCUCAGUCGCCAGGAAAGCGCCUCCGCCCUUUCCAAAAAUGCCCCGGAAGUACCUCCGCCCUCGGUAAAGAUGGCCGCGGCACUCGGCAUUGAGGGGCGGGGCUGCGCCUGCGCAACAAGUUCGGCGGGGAAGAUGGCGGAUGACAAGGAUUCUCUGCCCAAGCUUAAGGACCUAGCAUUUCUUAAGAACCAGCUGGAGCACCUGCAGCGGCGUGUGGAAGACGAAGUCAGCAGUGGUGUGGGCCAGGAUGGCUCGCUCUUGUCCUCCCCAUUCCUCAAGGGCUUCCUGGCUGGCUAUGUGGUAGCCAAACUGAGGGCAUCAGCAGUAUUGGGCUUUGUUGUGGGCACCUGCACUGGCAUCUAUGCAGCUCAGGCAUAUGCUGUUCCCAAUGUGGAGAAGACCUUGAGGGACUAUCUACGGUCACUGCGCAAGGGGCCCAACUAGCUCUGGAUCCCA